GGCAAGAAAGGGUCUGAUUAAACCUCAACACAAAAGACUGAAGUUGCUUCUUCUUCUUCUUCUUCUUCCUUUGUAGAAUCUAGACGGAUUUCUUUCAUUGAAGCGCAAAAUGUUUCUGACCAGGACUGAAUAUGAUAGAGGUGUGAAUACUUUCUCUCCUGAAGGACGAUUGUUCCAGGUUGAGUACGCGAUUGAGGCUAUUAAGCUUGGUUCGACGGCAAUUGGUUUGAAAACGAAGGAAGGCGUUGUGCUUGCGGUUGAAAAACGUAUUACAUCUCCACUACUGGAACCAAGUAGCGUGGAAAAAAUCAUGGAAAUUGAUGAACAUUUAGGAUGUGCGAUGAGUGGAUUGAUUGCUGAUGCUCACACACUUGUUGAGCAUGCUCGAGUUGAGACCCAGAACCAUCGUUUCUCAUACAGUGAGCCAAUGACUGUGGAGUCUACAACACAAGCUCUUUGUGAUCUAGCCCUAAGAUUUGGCGAAGGCGAUGAGGAGUCCAUGUCUCGACCAUUUGGUGUAGCUCUUCUUAUUGCCGGCCAUGAUGAGAAGGGGCCCAGCUUAUUCUACACUGAUCCAUCUGGCACUUUCUGGCAAUGCAAUGCUAAAGCUAUCGGUUCAGGUUCUGAAGGUGCAGAUAGCUCUCUGCAAGAGCAAUACAACAAGGACCUAACUCUUCUAGAAGCUGAAACCAUAGCACUUUCCAUUCUGAAGCAAGUUAUGGAAGAGAAGGUGACUCCGAAUAACGUUGAUAUUGCAAAGGUGGCUCCGACAUACCAUCUAUACACCCCUGCCGAGGUCGAGGCAGUCAUUAGCAGGCUAUGAGAUGUUCUUUCCAAGAUCCUCCGAACUGCUGUCAUGUUCCUUGUCACUUGCAUGUAGUUGUACUCUUCUUUGUCUGCGAGGGAGAAUCUCAGGUUUCCAGCUACUUUACAAACUUUGGGUGCGUCGUGUUUACUGAUAGCUUACAGAUUAAUUAUGGGACAUUCUUGAUGGUUUAUUAGAUGAACAUGAUUCUGAUGCGCCAUUUUGUUCCAAAACGUGAGAAUGAAUACCUUCCAACAGGAGACAUUCUAGUUACCAGCAAGCAAAUUUAUUGUCCCUA